CGAACCAACAGGGAGUUGAGUGUUGCGACAAGGGGAUCUGUCAGCCGACUCCACCCAUCCAAAGUUUCCAAGCGGCGACUCUGUUGAACUGGACACGUCGUGCACAUGGGUUUGGAAGUUAAUUACGGCGCGCUCGUUUCAAUUCCUCUUCCACUUGCUUUCGGCAUCUUGUCGCUUCUUGAAGAGCCUGUGUCUCGUCACUCUUUGCACAUGGUUCUUCUAUAAGCGCUUUCGUUUCUUGCUCUGCAACUAUUCUGGGUGGAUUUUCAGGGUCUUCAUUUUCCCUCCCCGAUCGAAGCCGCGCUUCCAUCAGACCGCCCCGCUACCAUCCAGGGGCCAGCAACGCCCGUCCGAACAUGGAGAACGCCUUUGCGAAACCGAUCGAGGAGGUCCUUGGCGCUCUCAAUGUCAACCCGGCAACUGGCUUGGAUGACGAGCAAGUCGUAAGGUUACAAGCCGAGUACGGGAAGAAUGCGAUCGCCGAGGAGCCUCCAACACCUCUGUGGGAGCUCAUUCUUGAGCAGUUUAAAGACCAACUAGUCCUCAUCCUUCUCGGUUCCGCCGCCAUUUCGUUCGCACUCGCGCUGUUUGAGGAAGAGGGCGGGUGGAGCGCAUUCGUCGACCCGGCCGUCAUUCUCACCAUCCUGGUCCUCAAUGCCGUCGUUGGGGUCUCGCAGGAGAGCAGCGCCGAGAAGGCCAUUGCCGCGCUGCAGGAAUACUCGGCCAAUGAGGCCAACGUGGUGCGCAAUGGCCAGAUCCACCGCAUCAAAGCCGAGGAGCUUGUUCCUGGCGACAUCGUCGACGUCUCCGUAGGCGCCCGCAUCCCUGCCGACUGCCGACUCGUUGCCAUCGAGAGCAAUAGCUUCGCUGUCGACCAAGCCAUCCUUACCGGAGAGAGUGAGAGUGUGGGCAAGGACAGCCGUGCUGUAGUUGACGACGAGAAGGCGGUGCUUCAGGACCAGAUCAACAUGCUCUUCUCUGGAACGACCGUUGUCACCGGCCACGCCAAGGCAGUGGUUGUCUUGACCGGUUCGAAAACGGCUAUUGGCGAUAUCCACGAGAGCAUUACCGCCCAGAUUUCCGAGCCAACUCCCUUGAAGCAGAAGCUCAACGACUUUGGCGACCAGCUUGCCAAGGUCAUCACGGUCAUUUGUGUCCUGGUUUGGCUCAUCAAUGUCCCUCACUUCAGCGACCCCAGCCACGGAAAUUGGACCAAGGGCGCCAUCUACUACCUCAAGAUUGCGGUCUCGCUCGGCGUUGCCGCCAUCCCUGAGGGCCUCGCCGUUGUCAUCACCACCUGUCUCGCUUUGGGAACCCGCAAGAUGGCUGCCAAGAACGCAGUUGUCAGGAGCCUGCCCUCUGUCGAGACUCUCGGAAGCUGCAGCGUUGUUUGCUCCGACAAGACCGGCACCUUGACCACGAACCAAAUGAGCGUCAGUAAGAUCGUUUACCUGAAUAACGCAGGCAAUGAUCUGGAGGAGCUCGAUGUCGAGGGCACGACCUACGAACCCAAGGGCGACAUCAAAUUCCAGGGCAGGACUGUCUCGAAUCUCACUCAGGAGUCCUCGACGGUGCGGCAAAUGGCUGAAGUGGCCGCGCUUUGCAACGACGCCCGGCUCGAUUACCACUCGCAUUCGGGAAGCUACUCCAACGUUGGAGAGCCCACUGAGGGCGCCCUGCGGGUCAUGGUCGAAAAGCUUGGCCCUUGUGCCCCUGUUGACAGUCAACACAAGGACCGUGUCCAUCAUGCCAGCUCUUGGUACGAGAAGCACUACAGCCGCCUCGCUACCUAUGAGUUCUCUCGCGAUCGCAAGAGCAUGUCCGUUCUCGUUCAAAACGCACAGCAGAAGAAAUUGUUCGUCAAGGGCGCACCUGAGUCCAUCAUUGAGCGCUGCACCCACGCCUUGCUCGGACGUGACGGCAAGAAGGUUGCUAUGGAUCGCAAGCUCGCCGAUCUCCUUCUGAAGGAAGUCGUGGAGUACGGCAACCGCGGCCUCCGUGUCAUCGCCUUGGCCAGCCGUGACAAUGUCAAUGACGAACCCCUCAUCCACAAGGCCAAAUCCACGUCGGAGUACGCCACGUUGGAGCGGAACCUUACCCUUAUCGGUCUCGUUGGCAUGCUGGAUCCUCCACGCCCAGAGGUGCCUGCUGCUAUCCAGAAGUGCAAGGACGCCGGGAUUCGCGUCAUUGUCGUGACUGGUGACAACCGCAACACUGCCGAGACCAUAUGCCGUCAGAUUGGCGUGUUUGGCCCCUAUGAGGAUCUGACCGGAAAGAGCUUCACUGGUCGUGAGUUCGACAACCUCAGCCCAAGCGAGCAACUCCAGGCGGCCAAGAAUGCGUCUUUGUUCUCCCGUGUCGAGCCUAGCCAUAAGUCGAAGCUCGUGGACCUCCUCCAGUCGCUCGGUGAGGUCGUGGCCAUGACCGGUGACGGUGUCAACGAUGCACCUGCUCUCAAGAAGGCUGAUAUUGGGGUGGCCAUGGGCUCCGGCACCGACGUGUCCAAGCUCGCGGCCGACAUGGUUCUGGCCGAUGACAACUUCGCCACCAUUGGUGUUGCCAUCGAGGAAGGGCGCUCCAUCUACAGCAACACGCAGCAGUUCAUCCGCUACCUGAUCUCGUCCAACAUUGGCGAGGUCGUCUCUAUCUUCCUGACGGCCGCCUUGGGCAUGCCCGAGGCUCUCAUCCCCGUCCAGCUUCUCUGGGUUAACCUUGUAACCGACGGUCUCCCGGCCACGGCCCUGUCGUUCAACCCGCCGGACCACGACAUCAUGAAGCGGCCGCCGCGGAAGCGCGACGAGGCCCUGAUUGGCGGCUGGUUGUUCUUCCGCUACCUCAUCAUCGGCACCUACGUCGGCCUCGCCACGGUAGCCGGGUACGCCUGGUGGUUCAUGUUCUACUCCGGGGGCCCGCGGAUCAGCUUCUACCAGCUGUCGCACUUCCACCGCUGCUCCACCGAGUUCCCCGAAAUUGGCUGCCAGAUGUUCAGCAACGAGAUGGCCAAGGCUGGCUCGACCGUCUCGCUGUCGAUCCUGGUCGUCAUCGAGAUGUUCAACGCCAUGAACGCGCUCUCGUCGAGCGAGUCGCUCCUGACGCUCCCGGUUUGGGAGAACAUGAUACUGGUGUAUGCCAUCGGUUUGUCGAUGGCGCUGCAUUUUGCCCUUCUGUACACACCGUUCCUCCAGACCCUGUUCUCUAUCCUGCCGCUUAACUGGACCGAGUGGAAGGCGGUGCUCGCUAUUAGCGCGCCUGUUGUUUUCAUCGACGAAGGUCUCAAGUUCAUCGAGCGGUCGUUUUUCAUCCAGCGUUCGACGCGCAGGUUGCCCAAGGCGAAGAAGGAGCAAUAGAGGGAGAGCGUAU